AUGGCUGGGAUGGUCUGCAGCCUCCGAUCGCUGGUCUUCCUCCAGGUGCUCAGCCUCUCCCUGGCCCAGAUUAGAGGUCCGCCAGGAGAACCAGGGCCCCCUGGUCCCCCGGGCCCGCCAGGAGUGCCUGGCUCAGAUGGCCUUGACGGUGAUAAGGGACCUCCUGGAAAACCUGGCUUUCCGGGACCAAAAGGUGACCCAGGGAAACCAGGACCAAAUGGGCCAGACGGGAAGCCAGGGAUUGAUGGUCUAACAGGAGCCAAGGGAGAGCCAGGCCCCCAGGGGAUCCCUGGAGUCAAGGGCCAACCCGGUCUCCCUGGCCCCCCAGGUCUACCAGGCCCUGGUUUUGCAGGACCUCAGGGACCUCCAGGACCAGUUGGACUCCCAGGAGAGAUCGGUGUCCCUGGUCCCAAGGGAGAUCCUGGACCUGAGGGACCAUCAGGACCUCCAGGUCCCCCAGGAAAACCUGGCCGUCCUGGAACCAUCCAAGGCCUUGAAGGCAGUGCUGACUUCCUGUGUCCAACCAACUGCCCAGCUGGUGUGAAGGGGCCGCAGGGACUACAAGGGGUGAAGGGACAUCCAGGCCGUCGAGGACCCCUGGGGGAAGCAGGCAGACAAGGGAAACCAGGUCCCAAAGGAGAUGCGGGCGCCUCUGGUGAGCAGGGCAUUCCUGGCCCUCCGGGCCCCCAGGGCAUCAGGGGCUUCCCAGGCAUGGAUGGAUCCAAAGGGGAGAGGGGCCCCCAAGGCUACAAGGGAAUGCUUGGGUCCAUUGGUGCCGCUGGGAAGCCUGGUGAAGAGGGCCCCCGGGGGCCACCAGGCAGAGCUGGAGAGAAGGGAGAUGUGGGUGGUCAAGGAGCUCCAGGCCCCCAGGGAAGCGGGGGCCCCAAGGGUGAGAACGGUUUGCCAGGCCAGCCAGGGACCAAAGGGGAACCAGGAGAGAAGGGUGAACCCGGCCAAAGGGGCUUCCCAGGAUUGUCCGGUCCCCCUGGGAAACCGGGUGAGCCUGGGCCUCGAGGAGAAAUUGGCCCUCAGGGCAUCCAAGGACUGAAGGGUGACCAAGGCGAGAGAGGGCCUGUGGGACAACCAGGCCUGCAAGGGAGAGUUGGUGCCAAGGGGGAGCAGGGGCCUCCGGGGAUCCCAGGACCCCAAGGUCUGCCAGGCAUCAAAGGAAACAAGGGCUUCCCAGGGAAGAUCGGUUCCCGAGGCAGUGGAGGUGAUCCAGGUGUGGAAGGUCUCCCUGGGGAAAAAGGAGAGAAGGGAGAAUCUGGAGAGCCAGGCCCCAAAGGACAGCAAGGCAUCCGUGGGGAGACGGGCUUUCCAGGUCCCACAGGGGAUGCAGGAGCCCCUGGAGUGCAGGGUUACCCAGGACCCCCAGGGCCUCGGGGGAUCACUGGAGAAAGGGGUGUCCCGGGUCUACCUGGAAGACAAGGUGUGGCGGGCCGGGAUGCCAGUGACCAACACAUUGUAGACGUGGUACUGAAAAUGCUGCAAGAACAACUGGCUGAGGUGGCAGUGAGUGCCAAGCGAGAGGCCCUGGGUGGCGUUGGGGGAAUGGGUCCCCCAGGCCCCCCAGGCCCUCCUGGGUACCCAGGCAAGCAAGGUCUACACGGUCACCCAGGACCCCGGGGAAUCCCUGGUAUCAUUGGAGCUGUGGGACAGAUCGGCAACACGGGGCCCAAGGGGAAACGUGGGGAGAAAGGAGAACGUGGCGACGAGGGUCGUGGGCAUCCCGGACAGCCAGGGCCUCCAGGAAUCCCAGGCCUUCCUGGCCGGCCAGGCCAGUCCAUCAAUGGCAAAGAUGGAGACCGCGGAUCCCCAGGAGCCCCAGGAGAGGCGGGCCGCCCGGGCCUCCCAGGCCCCGUGGGGCUCCCAGGCUACUGUGACCCUGCGGCUUGUCUGGGGGCCUCUGCUUAUGCUUCCGCCCGCCUCACAGAGCCAGGGACCAUCAAAGGGCCUUGAGUCGGGCCAGAGCAACGGGGGUGGGCCCGUCUCCCUUGCCCAGUGCCGCUCCCACCCGCUCCGAUGGACACCCAGCCCC